CUGUGAAAGGAAACCUAAACCUCUCUCUCUCUCUCUCUCUCUCUCUCACACACACACACACACACACACACACACACACAUACAGUCACACCACAUGCUGCCAGACCGUACAGACAAACACACGCUCAGGAUGGCGACAAAAAGAAUGAGAAAAUGUCACAAAACAUUAAAUGCUGCAUUCAUAUUCUGUCUUUUGGCAGUUAGUUUUCAAGGUGUGAUUUGUGAAAAGGAGGACGAAAAUGCAGGCCAAACCAACCGUGGGGAUGGUGUUCUCCCCCAUCCAACAACAAAGGGGCGAGACAAAGGAGAUCCUCAAAUCCAGGUAUACCCCACCAUCUCACCCAAUUUAGGAACCUCAGAGACACCAGGGGACAGUGAGACCACCCAGCCAUCUCAACCCAUGAAAGAUCCCACCAACCAGCAGAACACACAGACCCCAGAUCAGAUUCACUCUAAGGGAAAUGUGGUGUGUGUGGAUAAAAUACCAGUGCGCUUCAAAUAUGAUGUCCUGCUGAAAUUAAAGGCCUCCUCCACAUGUGAAGAGACUAAAGCAAGAAUUCAAAGUGUUUUAGAGCAUAUCUGUGGUGAGGACUGCAAACUUGAAAUCUACCAGAAAGACAACACGGAUGAGAUCAUUGUUUAUGGAGACAGCAUUGAAGCUGAUCCUGAAGGAAUGGCGGGGAAGUUCAACAAUGACAAUAUCACAGACAAGGUUGAAGUAGAGGAGGCAGUGUCUCGCAUGGACCAGCACUCUAAAAUUGUCCUGAUCUCUCUGCUGACAACUGGUCUACUUCUUGCCGCUUUACUAAUCACUGGAUACCUCUUGAAGACUCAUCGAGGAUAUUCCAAAGGGUUACGACUGGCUGAGGAGUCCUUCCAAGUGGAUCAAGAAAACCAAGGCAACACACUGCUGUCUGUGGCCCCCCUCCCUCAACAGGAGCCUGUGGACAAGCCCGGCAUCAAUGGACAGUCCCCUGAAUCUCCGCCUACAAAUGGACACUCUGCAAACCAGACACAGGUGGCUGAUACUCAGAUGUAAAAGGCCUGGCGUUACCAUCAAUCCAAUCAUCAACACGCAUCAAGGGUUAUAACAAAUUCAGGAAACCCUAGAUUUUAAUUGGGCAUGACUGAGAUUAUGAGUCAUUAAAAUGAUGGUAAGAAACUGAACAAUGAAGAUGACAAGAAUGAUGAAGAGUCCAUUGGUAAUGUGAAAAGACUGAUUGUUGCGUUACAGGUAAAGAGGUAAACGAAGGUAAAACGCUCUGAAAUAUUACUUGCUAGCCGAGCUAUCAGGUUAGCUUACAGAAUCCACAUCCAUUACAUUACAUUACAUCCAGGAAUAUCUACAAAUCAAAUAUUUAACACUUUACACUUAGAUGUUUUUACAACAACAGUGCCAAAAAUGUUUUGAGGCCUUUAAUACAAAAGGGAAUGUUAUGUUAUUUGGAAAAUAGUAGUCUAACCCAGUGGUUUUCAACUGGUUUUGCUACAGAACCCAGAUUUUACACUGGCCAUCAAGAGUACACUACUUAAUAGAGUACAUUAUUAUUGUUAAACAUACAAACAUAAAAUCAAAUUUUGUGAUUUAUUCAUAUUAAAAGGAACUGCAUAAGCCAAACAUUAAGCAAUAAAACCUGGCAUAAGCAGAAUUUUGGUUUCUAAAUGUCUCUUGAAUUUAUGCAACCCACUAGUUAGGGAUUCUUACAUCUAAAACUGCUGCUCCACAUAGUAUGAUCAAGUGUGUUUGUAAUAUUUUCCUUUUUCAUUUGUUAGGUACUUUAGAACAGAAUUACCAUUUCAACAACUCUUUAAAUACAUUAAGGAGACUCUUACCAGCUAGCAUGAGUACGAUUCUGAGGGACUUAAUUUGGGAAAGCCCUAUAUUUUGCUAACAACCUUGGGGGAUUCUCUAAUAGUGUCUUUUACAUUUUUAUUGUUCUAUGUUAGUUUUUUCUACCUAGAUUCAUUUCAGUAAUGUUGGCAAGCAAUUUUAUGCAAAGCAGCUUGUACAUUUAAGGUACAGUUUAUCAGUAUGUGUCAAGCAAACCCAGGCCUUGCUGUUUCUAGCUCCAUGCUUUAUCAGUUGAGCUACAGGAAUUGGAGAAAUAAGUAAAAAAGUAUGUUUGGUGUAUUUACUUAUCAUUUACUCACCCUCAUGGCAUCCCAGAUGUGUAUACAUUUAUUUCUUCUGCUGGACACAAUCGAAGAUUUUUAGAAGAAUAUUUCAGCUCUGUAGGUCCAUACAAUGCAAGGGUGAGUAAAUGAUGAGAGAAUUUUCAUUUUUGGGUGAACUAUCCAUUUAACUGAUAACGCAAGCUGCUAAAUUCCUAAAGUGUCAGAUGUCACCCUGUAGUGUGCACAAAUUAAGCAUGUGUGUGCCUUGAAAUAGUAAUGAGAAUGGCUGGUGAAUCACCACCUGAAACAGCGUGUGAUGGUUGAUAAACCAAUAAGGGCUGUUGUACAAGAUACCCCUAAAACAAAUGUAUUCCACCUUCAAUUUUUGUAAUUGCCUAUAUUUUUAUACAAAGUAUAUUUUGUUUUAUACCAUACCUUUUUUUGUCUGGUGCAUAAUCUAAACAUUCAGUUACUUAUUGGGAAAACAUGAAGAUGGAACUUAUGUAGGACUUUCUUUUUUUUUUUUUUUUGUGCACUGUAUGUGGAUGUUUAUGUCCAUAAGUGAGUGAUUAUUUUGUUUUGUAUUUCAUUGUUUCAUCUGAUAGAGAGGCCAAAUAUCUAAACUUCUAUAGAAUAAAACACAAUUUUCAUACAUUUUAAACAAAAUAU